AUGGCAAUGAAGAUUGUCAGCCCUCGGAUCAAGGCCAUCAACGAGGAAUAUGCGCUGACGACCGAAAAUGCUUACGAAAUGGAAAUGAACAGGUGCAAAGCCGGGUUUUUAACAUCAUCGAGUGGCUGGGUCUGUUCGCGGCCCAACAUGGAACGAUGUCUAAAGAGAAGAAAUGCAAGCGAAUCAUCACAUCGAUGUCAUAAAAACAGCCUUCCACGAGGAGCUAGCCGAACUAUUGAACUUUCGGAUGGUGCACGUCAGCUGCCUGGAGAAAAACUGCUCCAAAUUGCCCUCAAAGUCCUCCAGCAGAGUUGCUUCCUUCGGAGGAUUGAGUCUUCAUGCGCCCGACGCACACACGUCGAAGGUAUCACCGAACCAGAGGGUUGCUUUUGCACAGCAAACCGCAGGCAAAUUCCGAAGCAAAUAAAGGCAUGCGUCACUACACCGGAAAUUUGCUCGGGCCAAACGAUCAAUCUCGCGAACGCCGUCAGGUUGGAUGCAAGCACGGCCAAGAGCUACCUGAAGAUGCAACCCAUCAAGCGACAAGCUAAACGGUACUAUGAGGAAGCGAAGAGGACGAAGGGAUCGAAUCUACACCAUGGCAACAAAGUAGCGCUUCGUUUUCCACGCCGAGCUGAAAGCCCUGGACGACGACACCAACUCGCUGCUCACUACCCUAAGGAAAUAAUCGGACCCAAAAUAUCGCCGUGCUCUACAAUGAGGAUCGGCUCG